UGUCACUCGGGAAGAGUCACCCAGUGAAGACCCGAUCUUUCUUCGAACUUUAGGGAAAGGAGACUGGUUUGGAGAGAAAGCCUUGCAGGGGGAGGAUGUGAGGACAGCAAACGUGAUUGCCGCAGAGGCUGUGACCUGCCUUGUCAUUGACAGAGACUCUUUCAAGCAUUUGAUUGGAGGACUGGAUGAUGUUUCCAAUAAAGCAUAUGAGGAUGCAGAAGCUAAAGCAAAAUACGAAGCCGAAGCUGCUUUCUUCGCCAAUCUGAAGCUGUCUGACUUCAACAUCAUUGACACCCUCGGAGUCGGAGGCUUCGGUCGAGUGGAGCUGGUCCAGUUGAAAAGUGAAGAAUCCAAAACCUUUGCCAUGAAGAUUCUCAAGAAACGCCACAUUGUGGAUACAAGACAGCAGGAGCAUAUCCGCUCGGAGAAGCAGAUCAUGCAGGGGGCGCAUUCUGACUUCAUAGUGAGAUUGUACAGAACGUUUAAGGACAGCAAAUAUUUGUACAUGUUGAUGGAAGUGUGCCUGGGUGGAGAGCUCUGGACCAUUCUCAGGGAUAGAGGUUCAUUUGAAGAUUCUACGACCAGAUUUUACACAGCAUGCGUGGUGGAAGCAUUCGCCUAUCUGCAUUCCAAAGGAAUCAUUUAUAGGGACCUCAAGCCAGAAAAUCUCAUCCUGGAUCACAGAGGCUACACCAAGCUGGUCGAUUUUGGCUUUGCAAAGAAAAUAGGAUUUGGAAAGAAAACAUGGACUUUUUGUGGGACUCCAGAGUACGUAGCUCCAGAGAUCAUCCUGAACAAAGGCCAUGACAUUUCCGCCGACUACUGGUCACUAGGAAUCCUCAUGUAUGAACUUCUGACUGGCAGCCCACCUUUCUCAGGCCCAGAUCCUAUGAAAACCUAUAACAUCAUACUGAGGGGGAUUGACAUGAUAGAAUUUCCAAAGAAGAUUGCCAAAAAUGCUGCUAAUUUAAUUAAAAAACUAUGCAGGGAUAACCCAUCAGAAAGACUGGGGAAUUUGAAAAAUGGUGUGAAAGACAUUCAGAAGCACAAAUGGUUUGAGGGCUUUAAUUGGGAAGGCUUAAGAAAAGGCACCUUGACACCUCCUAUAAUACCAAGUGUUGCAUCACCCACAGACACAAGCAAUUUCGACAGUUUCCCUGAGGACAAUGACGAACCGCCACCUGACGACAACUCGGGAUGGGACAUAGACUUCUAAUGUAUUUCUCUUACCUGCUUCUGCCUUGCUGAAGUCAGCUUUUUCUGAGACACAGCUGCCAGCAAACCUGAGGGACGGAGAGAAGAUUAGUGCCCGGGGUCACCAUGAUGCCUUUGAUCGAUGCUGCUCCGGUAAAUGCAGUGGCAUUAGGACAACAGUGCUCUUUACAUGUUUUCUGUUUGAUCCUAAACAUAGCAGUUGACAUGGUAGUCCUGAAGCAAAGCCUUUCACACCAGUCAAGAGGUGUCUUCUAGUGUUGCAAUGAUCUUGCUUUGCUCUAUAAUUUGAAAGACUGCCAGAAACACUUCAAUCUAGUAAAAGUGUCUGCACCUUGCUAGAAUUAUCAAGAAGAUCAAAAAAAUUAUAUAUUGGGUACGAUAGAUGACGGUGGUACACAAACUGGGAGCUUCCUUUCCUUUUCCCGUGAGGGCGUAGGAUACGUUCGGAUACAUUCGCGAAAGCCGGAAGAGGGCCACGCAUCUGUUGGUCACAGAGGUCAUGGCAACCCAGUGCUAGAAGUUUCAUGAUUUAAUUUCCCAGCAGUGCUGAUGACGAGACUGAAUGUUACCUUUCCUUUCUGACAGAUUUUAAAAAUUGAUACAAUAAAAGCACAACUGCUAUAGAUUCUGCUGAGAACUCUCAUAGCAGGUAUAUAUGCGUUUUCACAGAGGAUUGAAAAAAACAACAACAACAUGCAUGAUAUUUGUUUCUUUUCUUGAUAAAUUGGCAUGACAGAGUGGAAAAAAAAAAAAAAGCAACUCACAAACCAUUUCAUAUCUUUUAAAAUGUUGUGCUUCAAGAUGGUCCUAGAAAUAAAUGACUAGCAGCCAAUUGAUUUUUAUUUAUUACUUAACAUGCCCUCAGACUGAGGCUUAAAAUAUUCCCUUUUAUAAAAAGAAACCCUUGGGGGGUGGGGGCAGGGCAGGGUGGAGAGGAACUAAGAUCCAUCCAAAAAUAAAAAUAAGAAACUAUAUAGGUGCUAUGUAUAUCUUUCAUCUGUAAAUGUCCGUGUCCGAGCAGACAACACAAAGUCUACUCAUCACCUCUGUAGCCAGAGACUCAAGCAUUCUUCACCACAUUUACCAACCAAACUCCCACCCGAUUUCACUUACACAACAUAGCCUAGGGCUGAGGGGGACAGGUGAUUAAAACCCAUUCAGCUGGCUUCUUGUCUUAGGCCUGAACCAAAAAGAAGAGGAGGAAAGCACAAAACCAUUGAGAUUCAGCAGAUGAGAAAGCUUGCUUCUGUGAGGUCAGGGAACGGGACCAGACCUAGCCUGCUGUUGAUGACCUUUUGGAGAAUGAGCCACUGUGAGUUCAUGCACGUGUGAGAGUAGGGAGGGGGUCGAGAAGAAAACAGGACCCCUAUUUCUCAAACAUAAAUUUUAGCUAACUAGGACAGAAAUAUCUCAAUCCUGUAAUGUAUUGGAAAAUACCAAACUUACUUGUUUUUUUCAUGAGGGGUAAAGAAGCAGCUUUAAACUGAGUCCUUUGUUGGCAGGCGAGUUGACUACAGUUAGCUGUCCUAGGUAGCAGACUGUUUUGGAGGCUUUUCCUGGACAAGUAGCAUUCUCCCUGAGUAAACAAAUGCAUAAUCUUAUUAGCUGUCAUCCUGAUAUGGAACAGUGUGUGAAUUUGCUAUAUUAAAUUGAAGGUUGCUUUUUUCCAGUAUAAAGUUGUUUGUUUGUUUUUUAAAUCAAUGAAACGUAAACAUUUCUGCAAAAAAUAUAUCCACACAGGUCAUUACACCAUAUCCAAGAAGGCAUAUAUUAUGAUUUCUGUUUGAAUUUUUCAUACCAAGACUACUUUAGAAUAUGGUAUCAAAACAUAAUCUAAGAAACAUUUGGACAAUAAAAAUACUAAGGGCAUACUAUAUAUAAUCAGAAUAAAGUUACAUUAAAAGUUUGAUCCCAAGAUGUUACUGUAAUUCUUGGGUUAGAGUUUCCCCUCCCUUAGAAAUAAUUGCUUAAGAUCAUUUUAUUCCCCAAGAUACCCACAUUCUUCUACAGAUAUGAGAAUAUAAAAUUAAACCUAUCAACCUAAAAUCCAGCUAUGAAUGCUAUUUCAGGAUUUUUACAUUGCUUUUAACUGGGCUUUUAAAAGUAUACAAUUUCAACAUCAUGGUCACCGUUCAGUGAUUUUUGUUAAAAGACAAAGCAGUUUAGGCACACUAAAGGUUUGCUAGAAUACUAAGUUCAUCUAGUCAUUAAGAGAUUCUGCUCCUGCAAUUUUUCAAACACCCCAAUAGCCCCAGAGCUUAACGCUAACUGUGGUUCAAGUCUAAGACAAUAAUGUAUACAAGUUCUCCGAGGAAUGAAGGAGCAGCAUCCGGUUCAAUGGGACUGUCGGCCAUUUUUCCCACUUGUUAGCACAUCUUUAUGACAUUUCACUGGUGGUGUUGCCUUAGGAUGUCUAAAGCAAUCACUAACAAAGAAAGGUGAACUACAUCUUCCAAAAAUUGCUAACAGAAAACAGUCCUCUAAUCUUCAGCAUUGAAAUUUAAGGAUUUAAAUCUUGUCUUAAUGAAGACACUAGGGCUAAAAUUCAUGGUCAGCUUUGUAAAGCGCAUCUCAUUUUAUUUCUGAAUUGUUCAUGUCCCUCUCUUUUCUUACACUAAAGAACAUCUGGAUAAGUUAGAAUAGUGCCAACUUGUUUGAUUUGUUAACCGACUUUCUUGUUAAUACUUUGAGUAUGGGAAAUAAGGGCUUUCUGUGCCUCUUGAUGCACAGGAAAACUGAAAACUGCCAAGGAAAGGAACAUCAUGAUAUUUGAGAUAAACAUUAGAGAAAAUGAUUUCUGGAAAUUUGCUAUAAAUGAUCUUUAUGUUCGUAUCAUCUUUGUUAUUCACAUAUGAAUCAGAUCCAUGUGGCAUUGAAAACAAAUUUCUUUUGAUAUGUACUUUAUAAGUCACUUUUUUUUUUUUACUUAAAAUUAUGGGAUAUGCAUGUGAAUCACACAUGUGUAAUAUAUAAAUCCAGCUACUGAAUUUUUCUCAUUUCAUUUCUACGUGACGGAACUGAUGGUGAACUGAAAUUUUAAAGAAGUCAGCUACCAUACUGAAAAUAAGGAUAUUAGAACUGAUUUCAUAUGGUAGAGGUGAUCCGUGCAUUAUCCAUAAUGACGUUUUCUUUCACAAUAGGACCACAAAUAUUUAUGUAAAUAGAUAUUUUUGUGUGAUAUUUUGUGGUACAUAUAACUUUUUUUAGUGUUUCACAGCAUUAUUAUUUCAUUUUCUUUGUACUGAAUAAUGUUUUUAGGUCCAAGUAGACUUGAAUUAAUGUCAUAAUUGUCAGUAUUAUUGAAAAUUAUGUCAACUGUACGGUUUCACCUGUUCCAUAGUUUAGAACAUGACCUGGCUAUCUGGCAUUGUUGCAAGUGCCUUAAAUUCAUGGCAUCCUAUUAAAAAACAAAUUUGGUGUUAUGCUGCAUGACAAAGACAAAUACACCUCAAAAUGUUGUCCUUUCUUAGCUUGCUGCGUUUUACAGUUCUUUCUGCUAACAAUUUAUAAGCCUUUAUUAUAUAAUAUUGAUGAAUUACAGAAAUGAUAAAGUUGUUCUCUUAUUUCUGUUACACGUACCAGAGCUGUGUAUCUGUUACUGAGAUACAGCGUCAUUUCUGUGAAAUGUAUAAAUGUAUGUGCGGGUCAAAUUAAUAUAUGACAUACUAUCAGUCUGUAUACAGGUAUUCCUGUUUUGCUAAGCUGUGCAGAUUCAGUUUAAAAAAAAAAAAAAACCACUUAGUGCAGUCAAGUUCUAACGUCUCAUUUUAUAGACUCCAUUACCAAUGAUCCAACUCAAAAGAAAAAUUGGAAAGUGACUGCUAACCACACCUCGUUAUGAAACCAGUGAUGAACAUGUACCUUGCUGCACUCCUCAACAAAACAGGAUGCUUUCUGAGUUCUUGUAUAUGCAAAUCAUUUAUGAAGCAAGUUUUCAACAGACCUGGCAAGAUAAACAUUGGAAGUGUGUUGUUAGCCCUCCUCUUUAUCUGCACCUGAAUUAAUAGAGCUCUGAGACCUUGACCAUGACUCAGAGGUUUGGGCUUUCUGAGGAAAGGGACAUUUCUUCAAGCAUCAUCUAUCCAAUUUAUUUCAUUGUAUGAUGUUUUUACAACUGGUCAGUUCUUUUGUAUUCUUACAGCUAUGGUUGAUUGUCCUCUUACAAUUUAUUCUACAUGAAAGAGUCCUUUGUUAGUCAGAAUGCAACAACUGUCAUCAAAUGGUCAUUGACCACUUGCACUCUUUUGAUGUAGAUUAAAAACUUUUUUCAUAAAAUUAACCUGCUUUGAUUUGCUCUGUAUUUUUCCUGCAGCUGUAAUUGCCGAGUGCCUGUUGUAUACUUUAUAGAGUUGAAAUAAAAAAAAAAUAAUUACUUUUGAA